UGGACAAAAGAUUUUCUUUUUAACUUGGAAGCAUCCAAGUGAUGAAGCUACAGGUCUGGGCUGAUCCCCACCUGGCACAGAUGACAGGGGCGGGGGUGAGAAGAUGCCAACUCAAACAUCCCAGCAAUGCCAAGGCAACCUGCAUGUUCCCUGUCAGCGCCUCCCCAGGCAAGAAUAGCACACAAUGAAGCUCACACCUCCUGCUGAUGUCUGUUGUCUGACAACAGUUGUUCCUCGAGGAAGGUGGGGGGUGGGGGGAGCAAUGCUAGGGGCUGCUCUGCUCACAUUGGGACAGGGGGCCGGGCUGUCUGGUACUGGACUGUCGCCCCACACGUGAGCACAGGUCUUCCGUCUCUGAGCCAACGUGGGUGUCCUCCUGGUUCCCCUCUCUUGGUGAGGAAGUGCGUCGCAGCGAUGGGGAGGGGGAACGCGGUGGAGUUGGUCUUCAUCGCGCUGAAUCACAACGUCUCUCUGGCAGGUAAGAUCUGGCUGAUGGUGAUGGUCCUGCUGAGGGGCCUGACGCUGCUGCUCACCGGCUUCCCGCUGUACGAGGACGAGCGCGAGAGCUUCGCCUGCAACACCAUCCAGCCUGGCUGCUCCACCGCCUGCUAUGAUGCCUUCGCCCCCCUUUCCCUGCUCCGCUUCUGGCUGCUGCAGGUUCUCGCGCUCUGCCUACCGUACGCCCUGUACGUGGUCUUCGUCAUUCACAGGGUGGUGUCAGGCCUCACUUCCGCAAGCAACACUCCGGGGGAAGACGGCGAGACCCGGUCGUUCAGGGUCAAUCGGGAGAUCUUCCAGAAAGUCAUGCCAGAAAAUGGCGCCGCCCUGGUGGCAGGUGGAAGGAGGUGCCGCGCUCUCACCUUGGCGUACACCAUCCACGUGUCGACCCGGAUCGCCCUGGAGGCGGCCUUUGGUGUGGGCCACUAUUUCCUGUUCGGUCUCUCCAUCCCGAAAAGCUUCCUGUGCCAUGAGGGCCCCUGCACCUCCAUGGUGGAGUGCUACGUUUCCAAGCCCACGGAGAAGACCGUCAUGCUGAACUUCAUGCUGGCCGUCAGCGCACUGUGCCUCCUCGUGACCGCCGCCGACCUCAUCUGCGCCAUUAGGUGGCUGGUGAGCCUCCAGCGCGGGGCUGAGACAGUAGCCAGCUCCGACAGCAUGGAGGAGGGAGCCUCCUUGUGCCUGGAGGAACUCCACAUCUCACCCAUCUCCCACAGUUUGCCCAGCUUGGCCAACAGUGACAUCCAGCAAGACAUCCACGUCUUGGAAGAAGAUGGGGCGGAGCGAGACAGCAGCACUGUCAGACUUUGUUCCAGAAACCGCGUCGAGCCCCCGCCUCUGCAACGUGCGUGCUCUCCACACCUGAGGUCUCCGCUGCCCCUGAAACUAACAAGGCAGCCACCAGGGGGAGCCGACAGCUCCGGACUGCUCCAUGGCAACCGGUUGGACGACCUGAAGUCAGAGAACAGUGAGAAACCAGGGAGAAGAGCCUGGGUUUGA